AUGGGAACGUUAGGCGGGAACAUAGACUUCUUCUCUUCUUCCUCUCUCGGUGAACUCGACUUCUGCCCCGCCCCACAUCCUGAGCCUGAUUCAGUCAUCGAAGAAGGAGACUACACCGACGAGGAAAUCGACGUUGAGGAACUCGAGAAGAGGAUGUGGAGAGACAAACUCCGUCUCAAACGUCUCAAGGAGCAAAAGGACAAAACCAAACAAGUAAAUGUAGAUUCCUCCAAGCAGCAGAGACAACAGUCACAAGAGAAAGCAAGGAGGAAGAAAAUGUCUAGAGCACAAGACGGGAUCUUAAAGUACAUGUUGAAGAUGAUGGAAGUCUGUAAAGCUCAAGGGUUUGUCUACGGUAUCAUCCCUGAGAAUGGUAAGCCUGUGACAGGAGCAUCUGAUAAUCUUAGGGAGUGGUGGAAAGAUAAAGUCAGGUUUGAUCGUAACGGUCCUGCUGCUAUAAGCGGUGGAAGUUACUCUCUUCUGAUGAAUGAUUGUAGUCAAUAUAACGUUGAAGGGUUUGAGAAGGAGAUGCGUUAUGAAGUGGAAGAGGUUAAGCCGGAGAAAGUGAUGAAUAAUACUUCAAAUUUUAUUGUGAAGGAAGAGGUCUCAUCUGAUUUCAUGAGGAAGAGGAAGCCGAGCAGUGAUUUGAACACUAUAAUGGAUAGAACUGUCUUCACCUGUGAGAAUCCUGGUUGUGUCCAUAGCGACAUCAGCAGGGGGUUUCUGGAUAGGAACUCAAGAGACAACCAUCAGUUAGGUUGUUUACACCGAGACAGUUGCUUACCUUGUGGAGGAGGACCGUCCAGGUUCCAUGUCAAUGAAGCUAAGCCUGUCGUUGGAUUUUCUAACUCUGUGGACCAACCAAUCGACUUAACGGGUAUUGGAGUUCCUGAAGAUGGGCAGAAGAUGAUCUCUGAGCUCAUGUCCAUGUAUGAUAGAAACGUCCAGAGCAACCAAACUUCUAUGGUCAUGGAGAAUCAAAGUGUCUCACUGCUUCAACCAACGGUCCAGAAUCAUCAAGAACAUCUCCAGUUCCAAGGAAGUUUCUUUGAAGACUUCAACAUCCCAAACAGAGCUGACAUCAACAGCAACAACCAAACGUUUUUCCAAGGGAACAACAACAACAUCAAUGGGUUCAACUACGACACUACACACAACAACAACAACAACUUUGAAGCUGCGAAUAGCAACAGUAGCAGCAACAGGUUUCAGGGUGGGUAUGAUUCUGCACCGUUCGAUAUAGCCUCAAUCGUUUAUAGAGAUGAUAUGUCAGUGGCAGGAGUAGUUGGAAUGAUGGAUGGUAUGCAACAAAAGCAACAAGAUCUUUCUGUAUGGUUCUAA